CAACGAAUGAUGCUUGGAGUCAUCUUUGUUGUACACACCAGUAUUGGUGGUGAUAAGUUGGUGUUUAGAUACCCGGCAGUCACUCGUGCAAAGGUCAGCGAUGAGACGAUGAUGGCAUUCAGACAACAACAUCCUAUAAUGACACCGAGUAAACCUGGUGGAGGUGGAGCUGUUCCAGGUGGUGUGACCAAUGAGAGCGAUAACAAGGCUGGACAGGACCAAUCGAUCAAUCCAAACUCUGCCAAUCUAAAUGAUCCCUAUUAUAUAUACAACCUGUCGUCAGAGAUCUUGACGCCUAUCCUCACACCCAAGACUACACUAUGCGACAAGCCUUUCGAAUUGAUGAUCGAGAACACCAAGUUCAUUGGACAUCCAAUAAUGUUGUCAAACGAUGAUAGUGAUGACAAUGAGGAUGACGACGACGAUGAUCAGCAUCAUAAUGGCGACCCACAGUGCAAGGGAAAGAGCAUGGCCAGUGGAGCGAGGAAUAGUUCAAAGGCUGGCGCCGGUGCUGGUGGAGGAGCAGGAGGAGGUGGAAGCAAUGGACAUCAACACAAUCAAACAACACAUCUCAACAACAAGUCAGACAUGAACUCAUCGAGCAGUAGUGUAAACAGCAGAAGCGUCAACAGCAGUAGCAGUAGUGUCAAGUCUUCAAAAGAUGGACAUGAUGAGAUCACCAUGUUCAACUUUGUCUUUGUACUCUCGUCCAACAUUGGCGAGGCAAACGAUCGAAGAGACGACAGUCUCAAGAGGUCUGCUCUCAAGAUAGCAUCAGCCUUUAGGCAUGAGCAACAAAGGUGUAACUAUAUAUCCAAGCAAGUACAUGAUAUCUUUGCUAUUAGGGAUGGAUGGCUGACAGAGCAUACGUUGGACACGAUCGAUGACAAGCCAAACCAUCAAGAGCUGACGAAUAGGAUACUAAAGUCAAGUAAACUGGGACCAGAGAUCAAGUUGCUGUUCGACUCACUCAAUGGCAACAACGCACCGUCCAGCAUCCGAAUCAAUGGCUGGAUCAAUCUACAUUUGAACAUUAACAACGUGGACUACUACUCUGACUAUCCAAUGCGACCUUAUCACGCCCUGUUGAUCUACUCAGACUCGCUGCCAGUCCCGCCCGGCGACUCGUCGCCCGCGCUCCAGCGACUGCUCGAGGUGACCAAGCCGACCAAGAGUUUCCGCGACCUCCAGCUCGAGACCGACCUGCCUCUGUCACUACUAUAUCGCCUGUCCUCUCACCUGGUCUACUGGCGCAAGGCCAAGAUCAUCAACAUGCUCACAAAGAACAACGUCUACAUCCUAACGCCAAUAUCUGGCGAACAAAAGAUCAACUACCUGGAGCUGGGCAACAAGUUCACGCAGGCAUUCCCCGACUUUAUGCUACAGGACAUCUUGCUGCGGUUCUCCGUCGCGAGGCCACUAGCCGAGCACAUCUCAAAGUUCCACCAGAGCUACCAUGUCAUGUUCCUCUCGGUGGUCUGCUGGCUUCUGGAAAAAGGACUGAUCACACAGCUCCACACAUACAUUCACCUGAUGAUCAGACUCGUUCCAUACUUUAGAGGACAACAUCAUCUGGAAGAGAUCAUGUGGCGAGAGAACAUAUCCAGAGACGACUUGAAUAAGAUACUAAAGAAGUACAAGAACUUCUUGAUACAGGUGACUCAUGAAGGUGAGGACCAGAAUAAAGUGCAG